AUGGGCCAGCAGUCGUCAUCACCGUCUCACGCUGCUACCGACUCUCAGAAAUUCGAAAGGUCUUCCAGUUACCGGAAGAAGAAAGACAGUUGUGAUAUCGGAAUCGUGAAUGCCGCUGCUGCCUCGCCAUUAUCGGCUCCGUCUUUGUCGCAGAGCGCCGGCUUCAAAUCCAGCAAACCGCCGCCCGACCUGCCUUCGUCACAUCGCCAGCUGCUCCAUCACACCGACCUGGACCCUCCUCACCCUCAGUCUGAACAACCUCCACUGCCUCCGACACCAGCAGCAGCCUCAUCCUCCUCGCAGUCUGCGGAUAAUAACACUAGUAUUAAUAUUACUACUGGCAUGGCUACUGCUGUCAGUCCAGCUGGCCCGGCUGUCGGGCCGUCUGCACCUCCAAUGGAGAGAAGGUCGUCUUCUCCAGCACACCAGAACCACGCUGCCAUCUCGGCUGUCAGGGCUGGAACUUCUGGAACUAACAACUCUGCAGCCACUGCCAAUCUAUGUCAGAACGACUCAUUCAUGCUUUCUUUGUCUGUCUCUGUAAGCUAUCUAAUUUCAGCUUCAUCCUUGUUUUAUGCCCAGUAA